AUGCUGGCCAUCGCGUGGUAUUCACAUGAGCCCCUGCCAGAUGCUGUGCCAGAGCAGCCGCGGCUCAUCCCCACGGAGCUGUCGCAGCGGCUGUCCCGCACUUUCGACGCAGGAGAGCACUGCGACGUGCAGUUCCAUGUCGGCACAGCGCCGCACGCAGAGUGCAUCGGGGCACAUCGCAUAGUGCUGCGCCGGAAUCCGGCCCUGGGGUUGGAGCAAAGCUCCGCGGUUAGUGUGGCGCUUCCCAACCUCGAGGCAGAGGCCGUCAGGCAAGUCCUGCGUGCCCAUUACCUGGAGAUUGAAGGGGAGGAGGCCAGCUGUGCCGGGCCUCGCGCAGGGCUGGCCGAGGUGACGGGCGACCGCGCUAGCCUGGAGGCAGCGUUCGGAGCUUUGGAUGCCAGCGGCUGGGCGCCUCUCAAGGCGGCGGUGAACACCUCCCACUUCGCGGAUGUGACCUUGGAGCUGGGGGGCCUUCAGGGCCUCUGGCUCUUUCAAGAUCCGGCAUUACGUGGAGCCGAAGCCAUGCUGGAGACGCUGCUGGCCAGAUACCUGGGCAAGUUCCUGAAGGGCUUCACGCCGGAGCACAUCUCGGCGCACCUGCUGAAGGGUUCCGUGCGGCUCAAGGAGGUGGACCUGGACCUUGCGGCGCUGACUGAGCUGCUGGCGGAGCACCUCCCCUGCGCCCUGCAGCUCCGGGCCGUGAGGUGCCGGGCCGUUGCGCUGAAAGUGCCCUGGAAGCGGCUGCGGCACAAGCCGGUGGUGGUGGAGCUUUCGGACGUGUUGGUGCAGGCACAGGUGCUUCCGGAGGAGUUGCGCGCACCGCAGGACUUGCGCAGAGGGCAGUCAAACCAGCCGCAGGAGGAAGUCAACAUUGAGGAGGCGGAGGAUGAGAAGAAGGUGGAAGCGCAGCUGAAGGUCGGUCUUAAGGAGGUGGUGGGGGAUGGGCUGCAAGUGCUGCUGAACGGCCUCCAAGUGGAACUCUUCUGCGAGGAAGGCGAGAUCUCGCCUUUGCGGCUCUCCGUUGAGGCGGUCCACACCUUCCCGUGCACCGUGGCGGGCGAGAAGAUCGACAAGCCCCAGGAUGUCUACGAGUUCUGCGACCCUUGUGCUCGGCUGCUCAGACUGGUGCAGGUCGAAGGGCUGCGCCUGGAGACCGUCGACAGAGGGGCCCUCGUGGAUCUUGGAGCAAUCCGCGUGCAGAUCGAGCAGAGGCGCUGGUGCGGAUUCAUCCCGCAGCACCGCGCGCGCCGGGUCUGCCCCUUCAGCAGUGAAACAACGGUUUCCAUCCGCCUGGACAACGUGACGUUGGAUCUUCCCCUGCCUGCAGUGAAGGCGGUCUGCUCUGCUUUGCUGAGCUUGCUGAAAGGAGGCAUGCCUAGAAAGGAGGAGCUUCAGGCCCCGGCUUCGGCGCCGCCGGCGCCGCCGUCGGGCGCCGAUCUGUGCACCUGGACGGCGGCGCAGCCGGGCCGUGGCGCCGCCACAGGCUUGGAGUGGCGGGAGCAAGCGGUGGGCCGCAAGACGGCCACGCUGCUGAGCCUCAACCUCACCUUGGCCCAGUGCCGGGUGUCGCUGUUCUUGGGAACCAGCUCAGCGGCCUUGGAGGCGACGGAUUUCAUGUUCACCCUGGAUAUGGUGUCCUCCCUGGACGCCUUCAGGCGCCGCUGUCUUGCGGAGCUGGGCCUCGAGGAGGACGAAGAGUUCCGAGGAGCGGCGCAAGCCCUUCAGCGGCUCUUCGGGAUCUACUUGGGCUCUGCCCGCCUCACGUGGACGGAAGGCACUCCCACGACACUUCUCGCGCUGAGCGGCGCUCCCAGCGUCACCUUCCGGUGGAAGGACGUGUUCGGGGUUAGCGAGAGCUCCCAGCCGAUCGAAGGUUGCAUCCACAAUGUCCAGAUCCUGGUGGAUGUGAAUGCCUUCACUCGCCUAGUCGAAAUCGUCAAGGACAUCGCUCUGCCCUUCGCGGAGUUGUUGGAGCCACCACCCUUCGCCACCUCCUGGUGCCGAAUGCAGCUCCAUCAGCUGCAGCUGGAGCUGCCCGCGAAAGAGGCGGGCGCGGCGGGCGGCGGCUCGCCGCUUCCAAAGAUCAAAGUGGCCCUGCCCUCGCUGCUGGUGACCAGCCUGGGUGGUUUGGGAGAGCUCUUCACGUCCCUGGAGAGUCUGCCCAGGCACGCCUGGCAAAGUACACGAGAUGAGGACCAGUCGACAGGAGAUCUGGAAGUUGUCGAGCCAGAGCCCUGCGCCUGUGGGCGGCAGCUGGGGCGCCACUGCUUCGGCGCCGGCCUCGCGCCCCUGCGCGGCCUUGGCUCGCAACGCGCCUGGCGCGCCAGGCAAGUCGAGCGGGGCGAGCUGGUACCCAUCGGCUACGACGAGUUUGCGGAGAUGCUCCGCACCCACCUCUCGGCCUGUGCGCUGCAGGCGGUUCUUGAAGCCGCAGAGCCCGCAGACGCCGAAGGGGGCUUCUUCCAAGCUGAGCAAGUUUCAGCUCAAGCGGGAUCGCCGAGCGGACGCUCAGCAGGCAAGCGGAAGUCUCGAGGCUGGCUAUCAGGCUUCAAGAGCAGCACGAAGUCAGGCUCCUCAGUCAGCCAAAGAGCCACCGAGGCCGCGACUGAGUGGGCCACUCUUCAUGAGGGCCUCCAGCGGUUGCGGCGCCAGCGUGAGGAGGCGUCGCUUCGGCUGAGGGCCCUGCAUGAGGCCCAGGCGGAGGAAGCCCGGCGUAUCGAAGCCCGCACCGCGAGCCUCGAGGAGGAGAUCACUUUGAAGAUCGCCCUGGAGCGGGGCAAGCAGGCGGAGCUCUCCGCCAAGGCGGAGGAGCAGCGCCAGGUGCUGGCCCAGCUGCUGCGCGCCCGGCGGGCGGAGCAGAUGAAGGCGGCGAAGCCAUGA